GAAAAAAUGCAGACUCCUUCCUCUGCUCCAGCGACUCCAUCUUGCUCCUCCUGAGCAGAGGACACCACCAAUGGCUGAUGCUAUCCUUUUGCUGGAGCAAGGAGUACUCCGCACUAGACUAUGUUGCGAUAAAAAAUAAAUCUAAGACCACCCACCCCCGUCUGAAUCUCGAUAGCAGCAUGAAUCAAGAACCCUAGCUUAUUCUAGCUACAGAUCCAACACUUACAGAUGAAGCCGCGAUGAGUGCCUCCACUCGAGCUCUGGGAAGCCUGAUACUCAAGCUCGGCGAAAUCCUCAAGGCGGAGUACAAACUGCAGACUAGAGUCAAGGAAGACGUCAAAGAUCUCAAUCGAGAGCUGGAGAGCAUGCAAGCUGCCCUCCGCAAGGUUGGGGAUGUGCCACGGGACCAGCUAGACGAGCAAGUCAAGCUCUGGGCAAACGAGGUCAGAGAAAUAUCGUACAAAAUAGAGGAUACCAUCGAUAAGUUCAUGGUGCAGGUCAUGGUCACCAAACCUGCCGUCAAGCCGCGCAAGCUCAAACGGCUCAAGAAGAAGAUGUGCGACUUGUUCACUGAGUUCAUGGCACGCCAUGCCAUCGGCGACGAUAUUAAAGAGAUCAAAUCCCGUGUCGAGAAGGUGGCUGCCCGCCGUGACCGGUACAAGGUCAAUGAUGUGGUUCCUAAUCUAGCUGGCCCACUCAUGGUUGACCCUCGCCUAUCGGCUCUGUACAAGGACCGGAAAGAGCUUGUUGGCAUUGAUGAUUCAUUGAAUGAGCUAACAAAGAAGUUAAGUAAUGAGGAUGGUGAUGUGUCCAAGCAACUCCAGAUACUCUCUGUUUUUGGAUUCGGAGGCCUUGGCAAGACAACUCUUGCCAAAGCAUUGUACGAUAAGUGCCAAGCACAGUUUGAUUGCAGUGCUUUUGUUCCAGUAGGACGGAACCCUAGCGUGAAGAAACUUCUCAACGACAUACUCUUCGAAAUUGUUGGGCGAAAGAACUUGGAAUUGGAUGAAAGGGAGCUAAUCAACAAACUCCGAGGAUUACUCGAGAACAAAAGGUACUUAAUCAUUAUUGAUGACAUAUGGGAUAUAGAAACAUGGAAAAUAGUCAAGCAAAAUAAUUACAACUACUCAUUACAACCACUUUCUCCUGAUUUAUCCGAGGAUUUAUUUCAUAUAAGAUUAUCUGGUGGUCAAAUAAAACGGCUUGAUCAUCUGCGAGCAGAGGUAGAUAAAAUUUUACAUAAAUGUGGUGGUGUACCAUUAGCUAUAAUCACAAUAGCUAGUUUGCUUGUCGGCAAACCUGUGGAGUUUUGGUCUAAGGUAUACACUUCAAUUGGUUUUGGGAAUGAAGAAAACGAAGAUGUGGAGAACACGAGAAAAAUACUUUUAUUUAGCUAUUAUGAUCUACCUUGUCACCUAAAUACUUGCUUAUUGUAUCUGAGCAUAUAUCCUGAAGAUCAUCUGAUUGAAAAAGAGAGUUUGAUAUGGAAGUGGGUCGCCGAAGGUUUUAUCCAUGAGGAACCAGUGGCAGGACUAUUCGAGAUUGGUGAGGUAUACUUCAAUGAGCUUGUAAACAAAAGCAUGAUAAUGCCGGUAGAGGGAGAUGAAUAUAAUUGCAUCAUAACUGGGUGUCGUGUCCAUGACAUGAUUCUUGAUAUGAUAUGUCUAUUGUCAAAGGAAGAAAAAUUUAUUACUAUAUUGGACAGUGAUGAGCAAUAUACAACUUCGCAUUGCAACGCCCGUCGGCUAGCUGUUCAACAUAUAGUCCAACCUCUGGCUAGCACAUCAACAUUACAAGCAAGGUCACUUAAUGCCAUGUGCAAUGCUGCGAUGUUGCCAUCACUUUCAUGCUUUGAAGUUUUGCGUGUCCUAGCUUUGGAAGGUCCCUCUGGUUCGCACAGUCCUAAUCAUCUUGAGCAUGUUGGAAAGUUAGUUCACUUGAAGCACCUCAAACUAGGGAGCAUUGGUAUCAGUGAGCUCCCAAAGGAAAUAGGGCAUAUGAAGUUCUUGCUGGUAUUGGACUUGGGUGAAAAUAGCAUAAAUGAACUUCCAGAGAGUAUUGGCCAACUAAGUCAACUCAAGUGCUUGAACAUCUGUAAAACAAAAAUUGAUGUGCCAUGCUGGAUCGGGAAUUUGACUUCUCUAGAAGAGCUAAGUCUGCAACACGUUGGUGAUCAGAACUCGAACUUUGUGACAGAACUGGGCAAGUUGAAAGAGUUGAGGAAGCUCUUCAUUUCUGGAAGCAUGUGUCUAUAUGGUGAUUGCAAAAUGAAUAAUUGGGCCGAGUCUAUAGCCAAACUGAGCAGGAUCCAAGUCAUAGAAAUUGAUUUUAUGUACGGGUGGAGAGAUUCCAUUCAUGAAGAGAGCCCCUGGGAACAGUAUGCCCUCUCUCCACAACUCCGUGUUCUACACAUGUCCUACAGAGAACCUGGGUUGGUGGCAAGGAUCAACCCCUCACUUCUUCCAAACCUGUCCCAUUUAAGACUGCAUGUAUUCAGUCUAGAACUGAAGGUCUUUGGAAGUUUCAGAGAGCUUGUUUCCCUCCUGCUGGACAUGAGGUCAGCUCUCCACCAUGACACCGUGGUCUUCAUGACAGCAGCAACGCUUGGCUCGUUUCAAGAGGGAGAUAUGCCGGUCCUUGAAUCUCUCUGGUUCAGCAUCGUAACACAGUCCAAUGAUGGUGACAUUAGCUUUGACUUUGAUUUUGCUAGUCUAGGGAACCUCCCUUUGCUUCAGGAAGUCGUGGUCUCAUUAUAUGCCCCUCCUGCGGACUAUGUUAAUGCUGAGGAAACGGCGAAGCGUGCAAUUGAUAUGCUUCCCAACCGUGUCACGCAUUAUAUCGACACAAGGGAUAUAGAGGAGUGGAGUCGGAGAUUGACAAACAGAUUGAGCUAA